AUGCCUGCCAGAACGGCUGGGGCACAAGAAGAGAUCCAGACAUGGGAUGACGAUAGAGAGCCGCUAAGGCAGUACCGGGACGACACCCCACUCGGCGCCGGCCCCAUCGCCCAAUCGGAGGUAUCCAGACGGUACCCACCAAUGACUACCGCCCACAUUCUCCAACCACCUCUCGGCCAUUCGACCCCUCCAUCUCUUCUCCAAAUCGCCGUCCUCACCUUAUCCGAGCCACCGCCGAACCUCUGUCGGUGGUGGUUGGUUGUUGGAUUUUGUUGA